AUGAAGUUCCUCCCAACUAUCGUCCUCCUCGCCUCCGCGGCCGUGGCAAACGCAGAAUCUUUCUACGCGUACACUUGCUACGGCUGUGACUGCAACGCAUACGAGGCCUUUGGCACCAACAUCAAGAACACUUGUACCAACGUCGGAAGCGGUGCUGCUUCGUGGGGUAUCAGUACCGGCGCUCGCAGCGGAACUUACUGCACCCUCUUCUCGGAGGAGAAUUGCGGUGGCAGUUCCCAGAAUGUUGGACACCAUACUGGCCAGACUUGGGGAUGUACCGACACGCAGAUUGGAUGGGUGAAGUCUGUUAUUUGCUUCGAUUGA